AUGAAAGAAGCAAUGAGAGUGGCCGUUAUAACAAAUCCCAGAGAAAGCGUGUUCAGAAUAUACUAUAACCAGGCAACUCCACAUCGAUUGAACCACCUCGGCUUAGUUAACUGGUGGGCAGGCAAAGUUUACAGGUUGCCACUACUACCCCCGGCUAAUGCAGUCUACAAGAACUUUCAAGGACGUGUCUUCAAUGUACCCGUGUUACAUGCUCCUCCGUGGCACUUUGUAAAAUACAACAACAAUUCAACAGUCGAAGUAACUGGAGGCCGAGAUGACAAAUUGUUGGCCUUAAUAUCGAAGAGGUUAAAUUUCAGAUACAAAUAUUAUGAUCCACCUGAAAGAAGUCAGGGGUCAAGCAUUUCGGUUAAUGGAACAUUUAAAGGAACGCUUGGAUUAAUUUGGAAACGAAAAGCAGACUUUUUCAUUGGCGAUGUGACAAUAACAUGGGAGCGACUUCAAGCUGUAGAAUUUUCAUUUGUAACUUUAGCAGACUCUGGUGCUUUCUUGACGCACGCCCCAGCCAAGCUGAGUGAAACUCUUGCAAUAAUAAGGCCUUUCAGAUGGGAAGUAUGGCCUUUAGUCUUCGCUACAUUACUGAUAACCGGUCCAGCGUUGUGGAUUGUGAUUGCAGCGCCAUCGUUCUGGCAACGUCGUCGUCAGAACCAAUUGAACCUGUUCAACGACUGUUGCUGGUUCACUACCACACUGUUUUUACGUCAAUCUUCAAGUAAAGAACCUUCCAGUACUCAUAAAGCUCGCUUAGUAUCAGUUUUAAUUUCACUCGGUGCAACAUACGUGAUUGGAGACAUGUACUCGGCAAAUCUUACCAGUUUACUCGCCCGACCAGCUAGAGAACAACCUAUUGGCACACUUGAAGCUUUAGAAGAAGCAAUGAGAGAUCGAAAGUAUGAGUUAGUGGUGGAAAGACAUAGUUCUUCUCUCACUAUUCUAGAGAAUGGUACUGGGGUGUACGGACGACUUGCGAAACUGAUGCGACGACAAAAACUACAACGUGUCCGCAACGUGGAAGUUGGAGUGAGGCUGGUGCUCGCUUACAAAAGAAUUGCCGUGCUUGGGGGAAGAGAGACUUUGUAUUACGACACAGAACGUUUUGGAUCUCAUAAUUUUCACUUAAGUGAAAAGUUAUACACUAGAUAUUCAGCUAUCGCACUGCAAAUCGGUUGUCCUUACCUCGAAACUUUUAAUGAUGUGAUCAUGAAUCUAUUCGAAGCAGGAAUUCUGGCAAAAGUCACAAAAGACGAAUACAAGAACCUUCCCGAACAAUCGAGGAGAUCUGAGCCGGUAACUGAAAGCGACAAGGAAAAUGCGGAUGCAACCGGUGACUCUGUUGCUAACUCUCAGGUGCAAUCAGAGUCUACAAUUGGUCUAGAACCAGUGUCCCUAAAAAUGCUUCGCGGCGCGUUUUGUCUUUUAGGUAUUGGAUAUCUUUUAGCUGGUUAG